AGCUUCAAAGAAAAAAGAGCGCACGAAGCUUAUCCUCAACCUUUGCAAAACUUACCACCGUCUCUCCACCACCCACCCCCGUCCGUACGAGGAGGAGGACCCUCUCCCCCUCCCGACCCGGAGCUCCUCCACCGCCGCCGACGCCGACGACGACUCCUGACGCGCGCCGCCGCUCCCCUCCUCCUCGGGUCCCUCCGUCCGCAAUCUCCGGAGCCCCGGUUUUCGAGAUCACACCAUGCUUUCCUUGAGGUGUUGGGCGCCCACAUUCGGUUUAUCGGUCGACAGAGCCGUCGUCCUGCGGCCGCGAAAGUUCAACUCCCUAGUGGUUUGCGGCGCCAGGGGUCCGAGGCCGAGGUUUCCUCGCGUGUGGAAGGCCGACAAGAGAAUCGGAACCGUCUCCAAGUCGCAGAAGCUCGUCAAAUGUAUUAAGGAUUUGUCUAAUGUAAAGGAGGAGGUUUAUGGUGCUCUUGAUUCAUUUGUUGCAUGGGAGCUGGAGUUUCCCUUGAUAGCGGUGAAAAAAGCACUGAAGACGCUUGAAGAUGAGAAGGAAUGGAAACGAAUAAUUCAGGUUAUCAAGUGGAUGUUCAAUAAAGGUCAAGGGAAGACAAUGGGAAGCUAUCAAACUUUAUUAAAUGCUUUAAUCGAGGAUGGACGAGUUGAGGAAGCAGAAGAGCUAUUCCAAAAGAUAUUCUCGAGAUAUAUGGAGGGUUUGCCCCGUAUUUUUUUCAUGAAAAUGAUCUCCUUGUAUUACAGAUUGGGGUCAUACGAGAAGAUGUUUGAGGUUUUUGCUGAUAUGGAAGAACUGGGUGUUCGACCUGAUACCUCGAUUGUCAGGAUGCUUGGUGAUGUAUUUAUGAAGCUAGAGAUGUUGGACAAAUACGAAAAGUUAAAUAGGAAAUAUCCACCGCCAAAGUUUGAAUAUCGAUACAUCAAAGGCAAGCGUAUAAGGAUAAGGGUUUAUCCAGAUAAUAGUACUGAAGAGGUAACACAAAGAAACUCUAACAGAGGUGAACCGGAAGAUGCAAGAAGCAUGAAUCUCGACAAUGAAUUGGAAGAAACGCCGAAAACAAGCCUGGACAGGAAUGUAUUAGGCGAUGCUGCUUCUGGAGACCUUGAAUUUGUAUAGCUCAGAGCUUGAAUUUGGUGCUUCGUGCCUGCUCCAUGAAAGCAGUGUGCUGCGACAUGUUCUAUGUAAUCUAGCAGUUCAGACCAAUCCUGCCAUACCAAAUUUGGGAAUGGAGAUCUCCCAGUAAUGAUAUGGAUACAACCGCCGACGGUCUUUGCUGUGCCGUGCCGCAUCCAGCAAGAGUCAUUUUGGAUGCAUUGCAAGGUCAGGCCGUCAAGGUGAAGGCGGAUGGUUAUCUGACAUAGAAUCAGUACAAGUAUUAUUAUGUAGCACUAGCAUUGGGCAGUAUUUUGCCUCCGUUCGGAAAUAACUGACGUGGUUUGGAGUGGUUGUAUACUAUAAUAAAGUAGAAACCCUGGCGCCUGUUUUGGACUUGCAA